ACUAAGGAAACGGCUAAUUAAUUUUGUUAUCAGUAAUGCUUAAUUUUCAUGCUUUAUAAUCAGAUUGAAGCAUAACACACAAAGCUGUAAACAGGACGGAUCAAAGUCAACAGUGAAGUAGUUACAGAACUCUCAAGGUUAACAUUAAAAGUGAAUGCGAAGUAGCAGGAAGUAAAUGCGACAACCCGCAACCAAUCAAGAUCUAGCUGACAUGGUCAUGUGUUCAGUUGGUGUUCAAACGAGUUGCCCCAACUCUCCAAUUUACACACAUACAAAAGUUUGUGCACUUGUUGAGGAUACACGUCCGAGCCAUUUCAACGACAUUCAUAUCACAAAAUUGGAAGACACUUUUAGUAAGAGACAAAAACCUGACGAAAUUCAGUUGCAAAUUUUGGCUAUGGAAUGUAACCUUUUAUAUACAGACGUGAAGGACUGGUUUAAAGCGAGAAGAAUAAAGUGGAUACAAGACUUAGUUAGAGACGAUUCAUGUAAAAAUGACACAAACAAUAAUAACAUAGCACCAAAUCAUAAACUAAAAUCAAAUAGCAAAAAACUUUCUGAUUCUACAAAAAUGACAGCUAUCACCUCAAAUAGCAGUACGUGCACCACGUGAUUGGAUUAUGAGUUUAGUACGCACAGACCUAACGAUAUGGUCACACGAGAAAACCCGAAGAAGUGUCCAUCACAACCCAUUCAUCAGUUCUGGUUCGUAGACUGCGUUAAUGGAAGCCAAAGUAGACAGGUUUGAGAAGAAUACAAAAACCUUAAAAAGAAGACUUUCUUGUGUAUCGCACAUGGUGUAUAUUGAUGAAUUUGAAAUUCUGAAAUAGCUGUUUUUAAAACUGUUCUGUAAAGUACAUAUCUUACACAGUUACUAUGGAAACUAGUUUUGAAUACAUAAGCAUUAAAACAAUCAUAUACACAUAAAGA